AGAGAGAGCGAGAGAGAGAGGAGAGAGAACAGGGAGAGAAGCAGCGGUGAGAUGGUGUAGAAGCGGAGGAUUAUCACUCUUCCUCUCCGGUGCUGUGCCCGUCCUCCCGUCCGGCCCGUCCCCGGGUUGGAUGCUGCCCUCACGGGGCCGCGAGCCACGAUCGGACCCGGCGGAACCAUGCACAGGCUGCUGCUCCUGAGUUUGCUGCUCACUUCUCAAACUGUGUUGACGGCGAGGUUCUCUCAGGAGCCAGCAGACCAGUCGGUGGUUCGGGGCCAGAGGGUGAUCCUGUCCUGUGUCGUCUUCAACUACUCCGGCAUCGUGCAGUGGACCAAAGAUGGCCUGGCUCUGGGCAUCGGAGAAGACCUGCGGGCCUGGCCCAGGUACCGUGUGUUGCGCGUGCAGGAGUUGGGGGCAUACAAUCUGGAGAUCCUGUCCGCUGACUUGACGGAUGACUCGCUGUACGAGUGCCAGGCCCCUGAUGCAGCGCUGAGGUCCAGGAGGGCCAAACUCACCGUCCUCAUCCCCCCAGAUGACCCGGUGAUCGAUGGGGGUCCGGAGGUGCUGCUGAACGCCGGCGAGUCCUACAACCUGAGCUGCGUGUCUCGAGGGGCGAAGCCGCCGUCCGUGAUCGAGUGGCUCAAAGACGGCCUGCCGGUGGACGGGGCGGCCAGUGCUACGGAGGUGCUCCCGGACAGGAAGAGAGUGACCACACGGAGCUACCUGCCCAUCCACCCGGUCGACACCGACACCGGGAGGAACUACAGCUGCGUGGGCACCAACCUGGCUAUUCCCACCGGCAAGAUGACAACUGUCACACUCAACGUGCACCAUCCACCCGCAGUGACCUUGUCCAUCGAGCCGCGCUCUGUCCUGGAGGGGGAACGAGUCACCUUCACCUGCCAGGCGCACGCCAACCCUCCUAUAAUGGGCUACAGGUGGGCUAAAGGUGGCGUGGUGCUGCAGGGCGCCAGGGAGAGCGUGUUCACCACCAAGGCGGACCACUCCUUCUUCACCGAGCCCGUCUCCUGUCUGGUCUUCAACGCCGUGGGAAAGACCAACGUCAGCAUCCUGGUGGACGUCCACUUCGGCCCGAUCCUGUUGGUGGAGCCGCAGCCACAGACAGUCGACGUCGACUCGGACGUGACCCUCAACUGCAAAUGGGCCGGAAACCCUCCGCUCACACUCACGUGGUUCAAAAAGGGAUCAAACAUGGUUCUGAGUAACAGCAACCAGCUGUAUCUGAAGUCAGUGAGCCAGGCGGACGCCGGCCAGUACGUCUGUAAGGCCAUCGUCCCACGGAUUGGAGUCGGAGAGACUGAGGUCACGCUCACUGUGAACGGUCCUCCCAUCAUCUCCAGUGAUCCAGUCCAGUACGCAGUGAGAGGAGAGAGAGGCGAGGUGAAGUGCUUCAUCGCCAGUACGCCUCCUCCCGAUAAGAUUGUGUGGGCGUGGAAGGAGAACGUGUGGGAGAAGGAGAAGGGGACGCUUCUGGAGAGGUACACGGUGGAGCAGAGCAAAUCGUCGGCUGAGGGCGGCGGCGUCCUCUCCACCCUCACCAUCAACAACGUGAUGGAAUCAGACUUCCUGUCCAACUACAACUGCACUGCCUGGAACUCGUUCGGCCCCGGCACCAUGAUCAUCACGCUGGAGGAGACUGAGGACGUCCCAGUGGGGAUAAUCGCUGGUGGGACGGUGGGCUCCACCAUUUUCCUGUUCAUCUGCCUGCUGGUCCUUGUUCUCAUCUUCUACCGACAGCGUAAAGGCAGUCGGCGCGGGGUCACGCUGGGUAAGCCCGACAUCAAGGUGGAGACGAUAAACAAGGAGACCCACAGCUUGGAGGAGGACUCCGGCAGCGUGUCCACGGCUUCGCGCAUGGUCAAGGCCAUGUACUCGCCAUUUAAAGACGACAUAGAGCUCAAGUCCGACCUCCGCAGUGACACCCUGGACACCCGUCAGGAGUACGACUUAAAGGACCCGACCAAUGGCUACUACAACGUACGAGCUUCCACCCACGAUGAAGGCCGCCCUGCGUCCCGCUCCACCCUGCACUACUCCGACUACCGCUCCCCUACAGGAACACCAGGGGGAGCUGCAUCUAUAAGCAGCAGUGCGGGCGGCUCAGGAGCCACGGCCAGCGGAGGAGCCCCCUGUCCCCCUGGACCCCUUACCUCCCCCGGCCGCCCCCAGGCCUGCUACGACCCCAGACCCCCCUCUAGACUGUCCCACAUCAGCUACGCUCAGUUUAACACCUUCACCCGUGGGGGCCAGAGCCAGCAGCCCCCUGCCAACCCCGCCCCCCCAGCCAGCGACUUCCAAGGUGACUGCAGCCUCAUGGACUCCACUUCCCAGCUGGCCUACGACAACUACGGUUACCCCUCGCAUUACCAGACCUACCGUAUGGGUUUCGCCCCCUCCAGCCUGGCCCCAUUGGAGGCCGGCCCAUCCUAUGAGAUGUACGGGGUGGGACCCAGCGUGGGGUCCCCUGGGGCCCCUGGGGUCUCUGGGGUCCCUGGGAUCCCUGGGAUUCCUGGCGUCCCUGGGAUCCCUGGGGUUGGGGUGGGUCCCGGGGGCCCACCUCCCUCGGGAUCAGAGACUGGACUCGGGAAGUACGGCAGCUCCACUCGCUUCUCCUACACCUCGCAACACUCUGACUACUCCCACAGCCGACACACACAGAGGAUGCAGACUCACGUGUGAGACAGAGACGCAGAACCACCUCACAGUCUUAGCUGAGCAUGAGGAAGCAUCGUAUAAAUAGCGCCACACCUAGAAACACACACGAUCACAGAUUUACAUGCACAUUUUCACACGCCAAACACAUCCUACUGAACGCAUACACGAUUACAGGACACAAAAAUAUAACAUCACACACACACCCAUGCACAGUCAGAAGACCAUGCCCAUGAGACAGGGAGGGUACGAGAAACGCAGAGGAACAGAGAGGGAAAAAAAGAGACGAGUGGGGGAGAGGGAGCUUUAGUGAGACAGGGAAGGGAAAUUCCACGCAAUUUUGAAUUCCCUCACUCCCGAUGUGUUUGUAUAUCUGAGCUCUGAAAGAGCGGACGGCGCAAGUCACAAUCAAGACUGGGAACAAGAGCGAGAACCAGAGAGAAGAGGAGGAGAGAUCACAGAUCUUUGGAGCUCAUAGCCUUCUCUAUGAAUCGACUUUGUAAAUGAUGAGAGUGAACGUCUUAAGGCAAACUGUGGCAAAAGAUGGUUUGGGAAAAACCUCAAACAGUGGAAGUCAUUUCUGGCCGCCUUUUUUUUUUUUGCUGGUUGUCUUAUUCAACAAUCAUAGAGCACAUAUAUAGAGUAUCCCAGAAUGCCCUUCUGUACAGUGGUACAUGCCAC